AGGCUCAUGAGUCAUGGAAGUCGCUAUUGAGAAAGAGAGAGUUUUCUUCUUUUUCUUUAAUGUUUCCUAUUUUUCGUACUUUCUAGUCCCUUUUCUCCACCGACUUCUUUUGACCCGUUCAAGCAGUGACUUUACUACUUGAUCAACUUCUUGAACCAUAUGUUAGGACUCCCUUUAUAUAUAUAUCCCCAAGAUUAGCAGAAGGCCUUCCAAGCCUCACCAUCUCUCAGACCCAGAAAGCCAAGACACAAAAGAGAGUACAGGGGCGACCUGAUCACUGCUUGGUGAGAGAACACACACAGAUGGCUUCAACAAUGAACGUGACACUUCUUGUUGUAGCUCUGAUUGCAGCAGCAACAGUGCUACCUGGAACACAAGCUGCUGAAUAUGUGGUAGGAGAUGCCACUGGUUGGACUAUUCCUAGCAGCGCUAACUUUUACUCCGACUGGGCUACCGGCAAGAACUUUUCUGCCGGUGAUAUUCUGGUCUUCAACUUCGCCCCUAAUGUACAUGACGUUGCGACAGUUAACGAAACCGCUUUUGGUGCGUGCGAGAAAAGCAAUCCUCUCAGCAUUACAAGCACUGGACCAGCCAAUAUCACCCUCACCAGCGGAAACCACUACUUCAUCUGUACCAUCGGACAGCACUGCGCCGGUGGACAAAAGUUAGCCGUUAUUAAUGUCACGGCUGCUUCGUCCGGCACUCCAACUCCACCCGGAGUACCUAGUCCCCCGCCGCCUCCUCCAAGUGCGCCCUCAUCAGCCUCAUCUCUUGCUGCUACUUUCUCUUUUAUUCUCAUGACCAUUGCCUCGACUAUCUUUUGUCUAUUUUAGUUUCGUUUAAUUUCUAGUCUAUCUCAUGUAUACACGGAGCUUAAUUAUAUAUGUGGGGUUUUGUUAUUUCAUGUAUGCACAAUUCGCAAUAUUUGCUGAUAUUAUUUGUGUAUGAAUAAAUUAAAUAUUUUACAUGA